AUGGUAGCAGAAACAAAACUCUACGACGCCCUCUCCAUCUCUCCUUCCGCCACUCAAGAUGAAAUCAAGAAGGCUUAUCGAAAAGCCGCCCUGAAAUGGCACCCCGACAAGAACAAAGACAACCUAAAUGCAGCCGAGAAGUUCAAAGAGGUGUCUCAAGCCUACGAGAUUCUCUCGGACCCUGAGAAGAGAAAGGUCUACGAUCAAUAUGGUUUGGAGUUCCUUCUGAGAGGCGGUCAGGCUCCUCCGCCGGGCGCUGAAAUGCCGGAGGGCAUGCCCGGCGGUGGUUUCGGUGGUAUGCCAGGUGGUUUCAGCUUUGGGGGAAUGCCUGGGGGUCCUGGUGGUGGUGCACGAACAUUCCACUUCUCCACCAGCGGUGGUCCUGGAGGCUUCAGCUUCUCGGAUCCCAAUGACAUUUUCGCCCAGUUUGCCCGAAGUGGUGCUGGCGGUGCAGGUGGCGGCGCUGGUGGUGGUGACGACGCCGACGACAUCUUCAAUUUGUUUAGUGGCCUAGGCGGCGGUGUUAGAGGGGCCGGAAGUAGACGGAGCACAGGCAACUUUGCCCGUCAUGCCAGACCACAGACUCCUGAGGUCACCGUCAUUGAGCGGCCCUUACCAAUCACCUUGGAGGAAUUGUACAGGGGCGCGCACAAGAAGAUGAAGAUCAAGAGAAAGACAUUCAACCCUCAAGGGCAGCGGGUUACCGAGGAUAAGAUUUUGGAGAUGGACAUUAAGCCAGGUCUGAAAGCCGGUUCAAAGAUCAAAUUCUCUGGAGUCGGGGAUCAGGAGGAGGGCGGUACCCAGGACAUGCAUUUUAUUGUCACCGAAAAGCCCCACUCUACACUUACUCGUGACGGCGACAAUCUAAUAACGACGAUCGAGUUAGACCUGAAAGAGGCCCUCACAGGCUGGAAGCGGACUGUUACCACCAUUGAUGGGAAGCAAUUGAACGUCUCAGGCGCAGGACCCACUCAACCUGGCCACGAAGAAAGAUUUCCGAAUCUGGGCAUGCCCAUCAGCAAGAAGCCUGGCGAAAGGGGCGACUUCAUUGUCAGGGUCAAGGUCCGCUUCCCCAGAUCAUUAACUGCCGCCCAGAAAGCCAAGAUCAAGGAGGCUCUUCCAUGA